UUGUCUUAUUGAAUGAAAAUGUAAAAGAUUGGCCACUGAAUUUGGAAAUAAAUCAUAUCGAAUUGAAAACAGAAUUUUAACUUUUUCCCAUGUGAUCGUAAAACCUCGUGGACUUUGAAGCUGGUCAAUAUCAUGUCGAUGUAUUGAUGGGAGCGCAGCGGGCCCUGUAACGCUAAUGAAAUUGCUAACGAUGCCUGUUUUGUGUCGGAGUUUCCAGGUUUAAUUGUUCAUAUCCGGGGAAGAUCCAACAGGAAAGUCAAUGCUCAGAAUCGCAUGGGAAUUACGUAAGACACGGUGUGCAGGUUUCAUUGUCAUUUAAAACGUGUAAUUGGACUACUUGUAAAUGUUUGAUAACAAAUCAUCAACUGUUUUCGAUAUUCUGCAGGGAAUUUAAAACCAUAUAUAUAUAUACUGAUAUUUUAAAAGCCAUGUUUCGCUUUAAAUUGCAUUUGUACCGAAGAGUUUAACGUGGAGACAAACACACCGCAUUAUGGGGAAACAAACCUCCAAGUUGAAACCUCGGGAACUGAGUGACCUAAAUAUACAGACGAACUUUAGCGAGAAAGAACUGCAAGAAUGGUAUAAAGGAUUUAUAAAGGAAUGUCCAAAGGGAAGUCUGACGAUGGAUGAAUUCAAGCGAGUCUACUCGGACUUUUUCCCUCAUGGGGAUGCCACAUCAUUCGCAGAAUACGUUUUUAAGGCCUUUGACAAGAAUAAAGAUGGAACACUGGACUUUAAGGAAUUCAUGUGUGCCCUCAGCGUGUCAUCUAGAGGCUCCGUGGAUCAGAAAAUACAAUUCGCCUUCCAAAUUUAUGAUUUAAACGGGGACGGAGUAAUUUCUAAACAAGAGAUGUUAGAAAUCAUUAGGGCAAUCCAUAAAAUGGUAGCAUCGACGACAGCAUCAGAGCACAGUGGAAUGACCCCCGAGGACAGGACGGAUCAGAUUUUUAAACGCAUGGACAAAAAUGCUGACGACAAACUGUCAAUGACAGAGUUCAUGGACGGUGUCAAACAGGUCCCGUCCAUCGUCAACUUCCUGCAAGAGGAUGCGUAAAUGUAAGCCCUAUUCAUGUGAAUUUUUCCGGAAAUGAUAGCGGGAAUUCUGGAUUUGAUACCAGGGGUACAGUUGAUGCGUUUUGCCCGUGAUGUAAUUAGCUCGUACGAAGUAUGGACACCGUAUUCCGACACAAUCUCCGACAUGUCGUACGAACUACUGUACAGGCUUUAAGCCGGAAAGUCACAAAUUACCGGUAUUCUCAUUUACAUAUUUUGUUGGUCAUGACAGAAUAAUGAUUGGUGUUUAUGUAAUUAAGCUAAUGACCAUCUGCACAUUCAAAGUUUCAAGGAAUACGCUUCAAUCAAAUACUAGAAGAUCUGACUAGAGAGUUCGAAAUCGUUGGUUAGACUUUCUUCUUUGGUAAUAGUUUACGAUGACGUGUCCAGUUUACCUACAAUUUAGGAUCAUAAUUUCUUACCUGGGACCGUGUUAUCUAGGAUGAAUCCUAUCACACCUCCGACAAACAUAGACGUACUCAGUAAAACCGAUAGGACUUGAUCCGCCUCUGCGUUUCCUGAAUGGAAAUUUUAAAUCAUAUACACCGUGUGUGUGUAUAUAUAUAUAUAUAUAUAUAUAUAUAUAUAUAUCAGUAUUUUGAAUUAUGGAUACAUGGUAUACAUCGUUACAUUCAUGAAAUAACGAAUUAUUGAGAUUGAUCACCGUUUGUUACAUGCAUCUUCACAUUUUCAUCGUUUACUUGAAUCAAUUCUGACAUUCUGGCAACCAGUUUGGUACCGAUUUGAUAAACAUUGAACGCCUAAUUGUAGUAUGUCCAUGCGUUAAAACUCGGGUAUUUGAAGAAAAUCAAAAACAGAAUAUUUAGUGUGUUCAAUAGAAAAUCAUUUCUUUUUUAAAUUUGAAAUUUCGUUUUCAAAAUGAUAUCUUAUAACCAUACAGAACAGCAUCAGGUUAAUAACUUUAUUUUGAGGGGGGGUGUGAAUUUCAAUAUCGUAGUACCUCAGUUAUCUCUCUUUUGAAAAAAACAACCAAAAACAAACUAAUAUUUACACGUGUACGUUAUGCUUUGAUAUUAUAUUGAUAUAGUAAGUGCUUCGGAAAAUUAUAUAUUGUUGAUAGCAUCAUAUUUUCUUUAUACAAAAAAUCAAAUUCUUGGCAAUAUAUGGUUGUAAUGUUUAAUGCAUGCAUGUUGAAACUGAACGCUUAGCAGCAUUGCACAGUAUAAUUUCAAGCACCAACUUUUGAAAUAAAAAAAGUCAGCAACGUA